AUGUAUAAGUUUAAAUUUUUCAGCUUAAUUUUUCUAAUUGUUUUAACAAAUCAAGAAGUUCUUAGUGCCUUUAAAUGUGAUUUCGAAGUGAUUAGAGAUUCAUUUAAUAAUUUUUACACGUGCACAUUAUCAGGAUAUCUAUUUGAACAUCAUUUACAAGGAUCUAAUGAUAAUGACGUCACUAAAGUAUCAUUUUCAUCUUAUCAUUAUCACAUGUCAGAAUCAGAUUAUCCAAUAUGCAGAAGAUUCCCAAAUUUAAAUAAAAUCAGAAUUACUGGAAUUAAAUCAGUCGAUGGAAAUUUAUUGCAAGAUUGCAGGAAUUUAUUAGAAAUUGAAAUUGUCAACACAUCCAUUUGGGAGCUUCCUGAAAAUUUCUUUGGUAAUAAUUCAUAUUUGAGCAUUAUUGAUCUUAGAGAUAACAAAUUAACGACACUACCGGAAGGAAUAUUUAGCAACAGCAAAGGACUUUGGUCAAUAUUGUUGGAUAAUAAUAGAAUUGUGGACCUCCCUUCAAAUAUAUUCAAAUCGCUAACUGUCCUUGACAAGUUGUCACUUAAAAAUAAUAAAAUUGAGCAGUUAAGUUCAACUUUGUUUGAAGAUUUAGUGGAACUUGAUGACUUAUUCUUGAAUAACAAUAAAAUAACAGAACUACCAAAAGAUGUCUUCAAGAAUUUAAAGAAUUUGGAAACUUUAAGGAUUUCAAACAACAAACUUACAACAAUACAUUCUGACUCAUUCGGAACCAUAAAAGGAUUAGAAUUAAUUGAUCUAAAGAACAACCAAAUCAGCUCAAUUGAUGAAAAGAUUUUUGACAAACUUCCUAUUGUGAUGCUCAGCUGGAUUAAUUUUAAAGUCAUAGCUAGUUUUAAAUGUGAAUUUCCAAAAUUCGAUAUAAUUAAUUUUGAAAAUACCUACUAUUGCAACAUUUUGCCAGAUUCAAGUGAUAUUACUGACAAUUAUUCACCAGAACGCAUUGGACGAGUUGAAUAUAAUGGAACUAAGCAUGGAUCAGUAGUUUUUACUGAGGAUGAAUUUCCAUUUUGUAAGAAGUUUCCUAAUCUUAAAAUGAUUUCUAUCAUUGGAGUUGAAUCUAUUGAUGCUGACUUUUUCAAAUAUUGCAAGAAUAUUGACAAUGUUAAGAUCAUAUCUACAGACAUGCAGGACAUUCCAGAAAAUCUUUUUAGUGAAAAUUUAAUGCUUAAUUAUAUUGAAUUAGAGAACAAUAAAUUCACGACUUUACCAGAAAAUAUUUUCUCACAUUUAAAGGAACUCCAAACUAUCUAUCUUCGUAAAAAUCAAAUCACAUCACUUCCUUCCAAUAUUUUCAAGAAUCUUCCAAAGCUUAAGGAUUUAAACCUCUACGACAACAAAAUGAGCAUUUUAGAGCAUGACUUGUUUAAAGGUUUGGAGCAAUUAGAAGAUUUAUCUUUGGGCAGUAAUGGAAUAACAGAUUUGCCAAAAGAUAUCUUUAGUCCAUUGAUAAAUUUGGAUACAAUUGAUGUAUGCUGCAAUAAAUUAACAACUAUUCAUUCAGACUCGUUUGGUAUUCACAGAAAUUUGUCAUACAUUAGAUUUGAUGACAACGAAAUGACUGCAAUUGAUGAAAGAUUCUUUGAUAAUACAGGAGCUGAUACUGCACAGGUAUUUGACAUGGACUAUAACAUUUGCUUUGGUAAGGCUUUAUUUUACGAAGAAGAGAGUCUUAGAAGUAAAUUUAAGGAUUGCUUUGCAAAUUAUAAACCUCGUGGUGAAUAG